UAUAUGGCCUGGAAGGAGAGAACCUAUCAUCUGUGGAUGUUCAAUUCAGUGGGAAGGCCCACAAAGGUCAAAGUUCACACAGCGUCAUCGUCCAGGACGAUGGCUUCUUCACCUUCUCCUCUGAUUGGAUGCUGGAAAACCCUGGAACAUACCAAAUUAAGAUCUCAGUCUCCAACCUCCUCUCCCAGCUCUUCUCCUCCCUCUAUCUCUCCGUCUUGCGUCCCUCUCCAGAGGGGUUGGAGGUCAGCCUGGUCCAGGGGCAAGGGGGUACCCCCUCCUGCCUGCCCUACCCAGCCCAGGACACCCUAUCCCGGGCUCUGGAGAAGGCCUACCUGGGUGAUACCCUCACCCUCCAGGCAUAUGUAGGAGCUGGAAUCAGGGUGCAGUUCCACUGGAGAUUCAUCAGUGAUAAUGAAAAGGAAGAGGAAGAGGAGGGGAAGAGGAGGGAUGUAAAGAUAGACUGCCUUCCUGAUUCUGAUUGUCUGAGCAGCACUGUGGCGGUGGUGAGGCGUGUUGUGUGUGAUUUGUCUCUGGAGAGUCGGUCUGGGUACCAUCUGGCUGCUGGUCAGAACAUUUCUGUGGACGUGCAGCUCUACACCACGCAGAGACAGAGCCUAAUGCUCAACCUCACACUGACCUACCAGGGAAAACACAGCGUCAACCAAGACCAUGUCCACAACCUCAACCAAACCUUCAAUCAUGACGAUGCUGACCAUGAAAACAAUCAAAACCAUGACCAAACAGAAGAUCACAACCUCAAUCAAAACCAAACCUACAGUCAUGAACUUGACCACUUCUACAACUUUACCCUAGCGCUUGAACUCAACCACAACCAAACCCAUGGUCAUAACAAUGAUGAUCACACCGUGUCCCUCCAAUUCACCCACACCCUCUCCCUGUCCUCCUACCCCCAGCUCUCUAGCCCCCUGCACCUCUGCUCCUCCUAUGGCCAGACCAGCUGCCACCUCCAGUUCCACCUGCACUACCCCCUCCCCUCCACCGUGGGACAGUAUACCCUCUCAGCCACAGUCUUCUCCCUCUCUGAUUCUGCUGUGCCGCUACUCUCCGCCUAUCUCCCUUGCCCCCUGGUGGUGUACGACCGCAUACGCACCCUCUGGCCGGCUGGAACGUGGAGCGCUGUGGUUCCGUCACGGUCAGAACUCAACCUCAUGGUCACCAGCCAGGCUGACCGCAUGGGUUCUAAGGUGCUUUGGACAGUUGCUAGGGGCAACACUACUGUGCUCAACAGGAUCACUGAGGUCUGGACCGUGACCAUGACAUUCGUGAUCGCAGGGACCUAUCUGGUCACGGUCAAAGCCUUCAACCCAAUCAGCUGGGUUGGCUUCCACACACACUUCUUGGUCCAAGAUCCAGUCGGAGAAUUUUUGUUGAACAUUCCAAGAGUAGUCACAGUCAACUGUCCGACCGCAGCGUUGUUCACCAUCACAACAGGGUCGAACAUGUCUGUGGUGGUGUUAACGAACACAUCCGUGCUGUACCAGAACAACAGCUACACAGCAGGGGAGGAGGUGACCGUGGCUGGUCAGAAAGUGGUCACACACGGUCACCAUGGAUAUAACUCUACCACCUGUCACCUGGCCGAGCCUAGCCCUCAGUACCAAGCUGACUUCAUCAAAGCAACAGCUAUAGUGGUCAGAGGCGGGGCCUUGGUGUUUGAGUGGCAGGUGUCUCUCCCAGAAUUCACCACUCACAGUCACACAGACAGGAACACCAGUGUGAGCUCCCUUCAUCUCCAGGCAGUUGUUCCAGGGAUGUAUAACAUUACCGUGACAACCUACUGUCCCCUGGGCCACACCUCAGUCAGCCGACACCUAGAGGUCAGGGUUCAUGGCCCCGUGGGUCAAGUUCAGGUCCAGUACCCAUUUGGGUCGGAUAGGGCAGCGCUCCACCUGCAGGCUGUUGGGACCUACGCCACGUCCCUCCUCCUGUUCAGAGGACACUCCUUCUCCCACAGCGCCCAUUUUGUUUUUGACUUCGGAGACGGGUUGCCAACUUCAUAUGUGAACGGUGUCUCUCAUUCGCUGGGAAAGACUGCAUCCACCUAUCACCAGUUCACUAAAGAGGGAGUGUUCCAGAUCAGAGUGUGGGCCUAUAAUGAGUUCUACAGAAGUAUGGCUACGGAACGUGUGUUCUAUGUAGAGAAGGUUCCAGCGGGUCUAGACCUCUCUGCACACUCAAGUGUGGUUCAUAAGAACCAGGUGGUUCUCUUUGAGGCUCUGUUAGAACAGGGAACUAACGUCUCAUACACCUGGAGUAUGGGAGACCAGACCACCUAUGUCAAUGCAGGUGCUGUAGUGUCCCACGUGUUCCUGUCUGUGGGUGCGUUUGAGGUGUGUGUGUUGGCUGAGAACAAAGUGGGGAGUGUGAGCCACUGUGUCCCCGUCUCUGUGCUGCACCGGAUGCAAUCUGUGAGUAUCCACACAGAGCAACAGGCGUAUGCCACAAACACUGAUAUAACAUUCCGGGCACGGACAGAAGAACCGGACCCUGUGGAAUUCCUCUGGCACUUUGGAGAUUCCCGACCCCUUCGGACCACGUCACGCUCCUUAAAAAAGACAUACCACACACCUGACAGGUACAGUGUGGUGGUGGUAGCCUCCAAUGGGCUGAGCUCCUUCACCUCCGAGGUGCAUCCUGUCCUGGUCCAGAGAGCUGUGCGUCCUAACAGAUUGCUCCUCCAGCCGUCUGUGGUUCUGAACCACACCGCCAGCUUCACCUGUAGGGUCAACUCUGGAACCAACCUUUCCUACUCCUGGAGCUUUGGAGAUGGAACCUCCAGGACGGGAGGGAACACAGAACAGCAUGUGUUCCACAGGACAGGAGAGUUCACGGUUGAGGUGACCGUGUCUAACCUGGUCAGCUCUGCCUCCCUGACCGCACAGAUGUUUGUGGUCGACCGCCCCUGUAAACCUCCAGCUGUUAAAAACAUGGGACCGCUCAAGAUACAGGCACGGAGGUAUGAGCCAGUGGGUCUGGGGGUGACGUAUGAGGCAGAGGUCCAGUGUGAUGUGUUCCAGGGUCUGGAGUACAACUGGUCUCUGUAUAACUCUACAGGCCUGCCUGUACCUCUACCUCCUGUUCACACAGACAGACAGAGCAUCACCCUACCCAGCCACUUCCUACACUAUGGUAUCUACACCGCUAUAGCCAAGGUCCAGAUCGUGGGCAGUGUGGUGUACAGUAAUUACAGUGUAUGUGUGGAGGUGGUGCCCAGUCCUCUGGUCUCCUUCAUCCAUGGAGGCACCAACAUGUUCCUCAGCAGCAGAAACAGCAGCAUUAUCUCCCUAAACGGACAACUCUCCUAUGACCCCGACUACCCCAUGAACCACCUCAGCUAUAGCUGGACGUGUAAGCCAAUCAGUGCCAUCGACAGCUCCUGUUUCGACCAAUAUGUGCCCACCUCCUUCUCUGUGAUCGUGUUUCCAGUGGGGUUCCUGAAACGGGACUUUGACCAGUUCAGGUUCAUGCUCACGGUCCAGAGUGGAGAACGCUCAUCUACAGCUGACACCUUCAUCACGGUCACACCCAGCCUGCUCAGGAGAGUGUCAGUGUAUUGUUACCAGUGCCAGGGGGACAUAGUGAACUGGGACCAGUCGUUCUCAGUCAGAGCAGUGUGUGAUAGCUGUGGCCCCUCCACCAGAACCAUCAGCUACACCUGGACUCUCUACCUGGUCGACUCCUCCAGUAAGGUGGACACAGACGUUCCCUUCUGCCACAGUGUGGAUCUGAGUAUUCCCUCCAACAUCAUUAGUGGCCCUACCUUUCCCCUGCCUCCAGCCCUGACUCUCACCCCUCCAUCAUCACCCCCGCACACACCCUCAACCAUAGCCAGUGUGAUGUCCUCAUCCACAGAGAUAUCCUCAAAUAUGACAUCAAUCCCAGCCAGCUUGGUGACCGGUCUGAUGUCAUCAAACGUGACCAGCCAUACUGAGAUACAAACUACGACCCCCACAACUCCCGACCCAGUCCCCCUGCCUCCCUUCACCCCGUUGCCCCCCUUCCCCCUCUCUUCUCCGUCACCUGGUGGUCGCCCCCGGAAACAGAGGUCACAGGGUUCAGUAGAACUUCAGAGAAUCAAUAGCGCAGCUGGGAACAACCAAACACCAAACUACAGCCCUCCAUUUCUCUCUUUACCAAACCACGGUGUUUUGGCCAACCCUUCACCAAACGAGCCCAUCUCUGCUCCAAUCAGCUUCACUCCUGAUACACCUGAGCCAGACGUGGGAGGUUUUGACCCCGGUGGGCCCCCUUACCUCAUCUCAGAGUACCCUAUAGUUACCUUAGGCGAUGGCAGCAUCCUUUACUCUGCCCCCCUUGGCCAGAGUGACAUCAUCGAGGAAUUCCCCAUCGAUCCCGAUUUUCCCAAUGACUACGACUUCCCUUUCCCCGUCCUGGAGAGUGGAGAUGUGAGUGGACGUCCUGUUGAGGGCUCCUUUCCUGGACAGUCAGUCAGUGGUGGAGUGUUAGGACCCUUCCCCGGAUCAGAUCCCUCCACAGCAGAGACAAGCUGGGACCCCAAUGGAACACUAGAACCAUCAGGCAAUCAGACAGGCACAUAUAACUUCACUGAUUAUAAUGUUCCCUUCCUGGGGAUAGAGGAGGGAGACCCGGGAGUGUCAGUGGGCAGACCAACAGGUGUGGGUGGUGGGAGCUCAGAGGGUGACUCUGCUCCUGCUGUCCCAGGAUCAGCUGAGGAUGAGGGGAGUAACCUGAUGGACUCCAGCCCCUCCCUGGUGGUCCUUGACCCCACACUACUAGACCUGCCCAGAGAACUGUUAGAGCAGGAGCUGUUUGAGUCCUACACAUACACAGGAAUCUCCUCUGCUCUCAUCACGUUCAGACCUUUCACACUGAGAGCAGGAAGCAGAUACAUGUUGGAGGUCACAGCUAACUCCCACGAUGCAGUACUGGGGCGGACUCAGCUGUUCCUGUCCACUAGCCCCAGCCCCCAAGGGAUAACCUGUCAGGUGCAGCCUAGCAGUGGCUUCGAGAUACACACACACUUCAGCAUCUUCUGCACCUCUGGGAAAGAGGACCUGCUGUAUGAGUACAGUUUCAGUAUAGGAAACAGCCCUCCUAAGACCCUGUACCAAGGAAGAGACUUUCAGUACUUCUUCAACCUGCCAUCUGGAGACCCUCAGGAUGACUAUAAAGUCACUAUCUAUACAGAGGUCCGGAACAGGUUUGGAGCAGCAACUGCACCCUGUCCUGUAACCGUCACAGUCCACCCCAGCUUCAUCAGGAACACCUCCUCUAACUACAACCCUGAUAUGGAACUUUUUGAGUCAGGUUUGAGGAACCUGUCUAAUCUGGUCCAGUUGGGGAACAGUGUAGAGAUCCGUAACUACAUCAUCCUCCUGUCCAGCGUCCUCAACAGACUCAGCCAGGACCCCACAGCCAACACACACACUCAGACACACACACGCACCGCACUCAUCAACGCUGUUUGUCAGCUCGACAUCAAUGACCAGCGGUCCAUGACAGACAACAUCUACAUGCUCAAAGACCUGAUGCACCUCACCCACCAGGUAUCGUUAGCCAGUGCCAGUGUGGUGGUGGGUCAUGUCCAGUCCAUCUCAGACCUGUUCCACCAGCCCAGUAUUCCUGUUCCCUACCUAUUGGACAGCUGGACCCUCAACACUCUGGUCACACUGCUGUCAUACAGCCUGCAGGCCACCCCCACUACUAAUGAUGUCAGGCAAGACCAGGCCACUGCUGAUGAUGUCAUACAGGCCACGCCUACCCUCAAAGAACAGGCCAUACAACUCACGACUGACAGUCUGCAGACUACUGAUCAAUUACUACUGAAAUACAUCCUGUUCAAUAAGGUCGAGCAGCACAACGUGACCACCAGUGUCAUGGACCUACAGACCACUCACCACCACCGUGGUCUAACCACAGUCAUCAGCUCUGGCUCGGCCACCUUCUACCUGCCUGACUCCCUGGACCUGGUCCUGUACGGUCGUAGGAGGAGAGAAACCGCAGAUGGAACACAGAGUCUCUGUGUCCUCAGCCAGCUGACCACGUUCACACACAACCUCUACCUCUGGACCAAGACACCUGUACUGCUGAGUGGGCCAGUGAUUGACCUGACUCUGUACAACUGCAGCACAAGGAGAGAGAUUCCAGUACGCUCGCUCUCCCAACCAAUCAACAUUGAGUUCCCCAAAACACCUAGAAAUGUAAGUUCUUUAUCGGAGUUCACUCUCCUGCGUAGCCAGGUGAACUACCACGUUUUGAACAUUACCCAGCAGGCCUUGCAGAAGGCCAUACUGGUCAGUGUGGAAUUCACGCGGCCCCCCAACAAGACCUUUCCCAUCAUGCUCCUCUUCAGGAUGUUUGAGAGGCCGACCCCCAGCUUGUAUCACAUCCACAGCAUCUAUCACUGGGACGGAAACACCACUUACAUCACCCUGCCUCCAUCAUACCUCACUGCUGCAGGGACAGGCUACCUGGCUCUACUCAACGCUGACUACAAAAAGACCCCCAGACACAAGUACAUGAGCAGACAAGUGAACUAUACAUUGAGACUGGAGACCAGCCAGUGUCUGUCCUGGGACCACCAGGAGGGCUGGACACACACCAGCUGCACACCUCAACUAGGACUGACCUCACACACCAGGGUCAACUGCAGUUGUAGCCACUUGAGCCCAUUGACCGUGGUCCAGCAGCAGAUCCAGAGCAGCCAUGACGACUCAGCAGACCUGGCCCAGUUCAUCAGUCUCCCCAGUGAUGUGACGGUGGUGUGUGUAUGUGUGGUGUGUGUGUGUAUGUAUGCUCUGGGCAUGGUAGUGUGUAAGAGAGCUGACCUCAUCUCAGAGAGGAACCAGGGAGUCUACUACCUGUCUGAUAACGCUCCUUCAGACACACACCUCUACUCUGUUACUAUACACACCGGUCUCCGCUCCUCACCCAGCAUGACCGCCAAGGUCCAUAUCGUGCUGUAUGGGGAGGAUGGGGUGUCACAGACCAGACAACUACAUGACCCAGAAUGCCUUCUGUUCAGAAGGAACUCCAGGAACACCUUUAUACUGAGUACUGUAGACAGUCUAGGCCCUCUGUGGGGGCUGCACCUGUGGCAUGAUAACACUGGCCCCUCCCCCACAUGGUACCUCAGACAGGUGGAGGUGUGUGAGGUGAAGGGCAAGGGGCGGAGCUGGCUGUUCCUAGGCCAGUGCUGGUUGGCUGUUGACGAGGGUGACAGACAGGUUGAGAGGAGACUCAGGGUUUGUGAUCAGGGGCCAGGAUUCACCAAGCUGCUGUAUCUGAAGUUGUCAGAGUACCUGUCAGACUUCCACCUGUGGUUGUCUGUGUACAGUGGUCCCUCCCCUAGCGUGUUCACUCACACACAGCGCCUCAGUGUGUGUCUGCUGCUGCUGCUGGGGUACAUGUGUGUCAACACGUUACUCAUAUCUGGCCUCGAUGACCAAUACACCUCAGAGCUGGGCAUCAUCGACGUGUCUACCGUUUCCCUAACGAUGGGGUUGCUCAGCACGCUGGCUGUGUUGCCCGUAGCGUCCACGCUGUCCUUCCUGUUCCGUCAGCGUGAGGUCAGAGUAAAGAGGUCAGAGGUCAAACAGGACAUGGUCAGACUGCCAGACAUCUACUCUAUAGAAGCUGAUGCGCUGAUUGUGAGUGACUGUGUGUUUGACUCUCUCUCCUGGAACAAUCUGCAGCAGUGUGCACAGGAGGCCUGGAGGAAGAAAUAUGAGGGCUCAGUGCCGAAUAAGGAUCUGGUAACUCAAAGAGGAGAUCUGGUAAUACGGGGCAGUCAGGAUCUGGUAAGGGAUCUGCUGACCCAGGAGAAAGUCUCCUCAGAUUGCAACUCCAGUGGUUUUGACAACAGCUUGCUUGGCAGAUUGCUAGGCAACAGUGUCCCAGACAACAACAGCGUUAGCAAGGAGAGGGAUCAUAACCUCAACGAUAGCUCCAAACUGCUAGGCAACAACCAGGUGGGCAACAGUACCAGCAGAUGCUUAGGGGGCAGGCUCAGCCCUCUACCCCGCUGGAGUCACCUCCUAGCCUGGGUACUGUGUUUGGCCCUGGGCCUCUCCUCUCUAGUGGUCACUAUCGUCUUGGGGAUCAGGUUCAGCAGCAGUAAGACUUUACUGUGGAUCCAUUCUGUCUUCUUCUCCCUGCUCUCCUGUGUCUUCCUCAUCCAGCCAGCCGUGAUCCUUGUCGUGGCUGUGGUGGUCUCCUUCUGGCGCAGGAAGCGUCCGGACUUCUCAAGUUUCUCAGGAGUUCCUGGGUUUCAGGCAGAAACUCUGAAACUGUGGACCCAAGAUGGCUCCUGUGUCCCAGAGCUCUUCCUGCUCAGCCCUCCUCAUCCGCCCCAGGAGAGAUGCUCUCACUUUGACAGGGUGCUGGCGGCCCGUCAGAGGGCUCGGUAUCUGCGUCUGGUACGCCCACCCACUUCUGGGGAGCUGAGGAGGACAGGGGGGAGGAAGAGGAGAGAAACACUCAUUCGCAAAACACUCAGGGAAAUGACAGUGUGUGUCUCCAUGCUGUUCCUCCUACUGUGUGUAACCUAUGGCAGCUCCUUUAGAGACCAGUAUCACCUCAACCAUGCCGUCCGAACACAGUUCACCAGGAGCCCACAUAACCCCUUCAUGUCCAUCCAAACACAUGAGGAGUGGUGGAACUGGACCUUAACCAGUGUACUGGAUGGUCUGAACUGGGACACCUGGUAUAACAACAUAUCAGCAACUGGGAAGGCAGGUGCUGUCCAGGGAACAUGUAUUCUGAUAGGAGAGCCCAUCUUGAGGAAGAUUGAUGUUUCCAAUGCAUCCCAAUACCAGGUGCCUCCUGUAAUGGCGACCUUGUUCCCAGAAUGCCUCACGGAAAGAUUCUCUGGGAUGGCGUUACCCAUGGAGGUCGGACUUUGUCUCUGCGGUCAACUCCAGUGUUACACAGGAACUGGGACCACAGUACGACUGGGUCUAACACGGUCAGAGUUUGUGUCCAGGCUAGAAUCCCUGAGGUCCGCUGGCUGGCUGGACAGACUAACGGUAGCCAUGGCAACCCAGUUCACCCUCUACAGCCACCCCACCAACCUGUUCAACAGUGUGAACCUGAUGGCCGAGAGAUUACCUGGUGGAGCUUUGCACACCUCUGCCCGUGUCCAGUCAGCUAGGGUCUACCAUUCACCUACUGUAUGGGACUACUUCAGUAUGGCAUGUCAGCUCCUUUUCCUCCUCGUCUCUCUGGUCCAGCUCAUCCUCCAGAUCUGUUCUGCUGGAGAGAAAGGCAUACUGGGAUACUUGAGAGACCCCCAGAGUUGGCUCCAGGCCAGUAUACUCCUGGUAACCCUGGUGUACUACAUCUACUACAUCUAUCAGUCCAUUCUGAAUCUGGAGGUCGUUGACCUGCUGCAGCGACACGACUUCAGGAUGCAUGUGGAUGUCAGCUUACUGUCUACCUGGGAACAGCACACCCAUACACUGCGUGGCAUACUGCUCUUCCUCCUGGUGGUGCGGUGUAUGUGUUUGUCGGGGGUUAACAGAACCAUGGCCGCCUCAGUGACUCUACUCAGACUCGCCUUCUCCAGACUUCUCUGGCCAAUGCUGUCAGGAGUUGUUCUGUUGGUGGCUCUGUCCUCUGUGGGAAACCUGCUGCUCCUGAGGAGGUCCUGGGGGUCCAGCUCCCUGCCCCACUCCGUCUUCACACUCCUGUCUCUCUCCAGGGGCCAAUUGGGCUCCCGGGCCCCCUCCCUGCCCGUGGCCUCUCAGCCCCACCAGCUCCACAGCCCCAACAGCCUGUCUUUGUCUUUCUACCAUGGAGCUCUCUGUCUCACCUUCACUGUGGCCUGGACAGCAGUGUUGACUGGAAUCGUCUCCUCGUUAGUGAGAGCUGCUAAACUAGCUGGUAGGAGGAGGAGCCUACUGACUCUCUGUGACGUGGUUGGCUACGUCAGGGGUCGGGCAGCUGUGCUCAUUGGCCAACGCAGACAGAGAUGGACAGAUAGCCAUGCCCACAGGAGAAGUUUUUACCUGGAGGAAUGUGAGAGCCUGGUGGAUGAGCUGCAGUUUAGACUAAAUGCCUUCUCUAACAGUCUGCACCACACCCUACAUCCUAAAGAUAUCUUCUCCCCCACCCAGAGCCCCUCCAGCCUGGCCUCACAGCGCUCUGCUGCCAGUGAAACAGCACACGUGACUGAAGAAACACUUCUCAAUGAUCCCCCUGACAUCACCAACCUCCCACUGACCUCCAGGGAACACUCACCUGACGCACACCACUACAGGUCUCAGCUUGAGUUGGAGACCCUCCACCAUCUGCAGCAGUCAGGCCAGAGGAGGCAGACCCCAGCCCCAGCUGGGGGACUCUCAAGUAGGGUUGGGCCAUCUGUCAGUCCCCUGCAUAGUGGAGCACCAGGGUGGAUCUCCCGAGAGCACCCAUCAGACAGAAACCUCCAGAUCUCCACCUCCAUAGGGGGGCCAAGCUACCUCUCCUCCCCAGAUUCGGUGCACCUAGCUGAGGCUCGGACAUGGGACAACAUGCCUCAGAUCCAGAGCCUAACAGGCUGGAUAGAUAAUCAGCUGGUUAAGACUGUGGUUCUGGAGAAUCAGAUCAGCCACUGGACCACUGUCGGUCGGUCUGGUAAGAAGAGCCACAGAAGUCCCAGAAACACCCAAUGGGCUACAGUAGAAGGGCCCAGCUCCAGAUAUACCACUGCUUCUGGGGUGAUGGAGGGCCAUGGAGGGCCACACAGGGCUGUGGUGGAGGUUAUGGUCCAUGGGAGCCCGGAGACUGAGCCAGAAGAGGAGGGAUUCCUAGGGACAGUCAGACAGUGCUGGGGUUGACACUGUAUGUCAAGUCUAAUGAAUGAAUGAGUGAAAUAAUGAAUUAUCUUCAUCAAUAUGCUAUUCAAGAGGGAUAUAGUGUCGAAAAUUAUGUUUAAAUACUCUGUGUGGAGGGAAUCAGGCUUAAUUACAAGUAUUCAGUAGGCCACUGCUUGUGUCACCAUGUCUAUUUUCAAAAACAUUAAAUAAACAAUGUGCCCUGGUUGUAAAACAAAUAAGUAAAUGGUGUGUAAAAUACAUUCUCAAAUAAAUGGUGUGCAGGAUAGGGUGAGGGGAGCGCACACUGUUUCUUGAAAGAAUGAACAUUACAACAUGGCUCACUGACUAACUAAUAUGUUUACAGGACAGCUGCAUUGUUGCAGCAAUCCAGAGACGGUCCUUUCACAAUAAAUAAAUAAACCUCUUCAUUAUCCUGUUGAUAUCAAAAGUACUAGUCCAACUUUUUCUUGUUUUACUGUUCACUCACUGUUGAAAAACAGUAGUCUAUUCAGUC